AAUUUAUUACAUAAAAUAGUGCUGUCUUCACCUUCAAUUCACUCAUUAAAAAGAGAAGACUAGACACUCACGGAGGCCCACUAGCAAAGGAAUAACAGGCAGUAGUCUUUCUGUCCUUACCAAACAAAUGUGUGUGUGAAUUUGUAUCUGACCUUGAAAAAGUCCCCCGACCUAGCGGGUUAAACGACUAAUAUUAGCAACACGAUCGCUCAGCACACUACCUACUUCUAGUUUCUAUCCCAAGAUUAUAGUGAUUUUAGGCUUGUGUUACUUCUAAUUGUUGUUGAUUGCUUUCCUUGAUGCAAGUAAGUCCAACGCAUGCCCCUACUAGGUCGUCCAUUUGCUUUUUCUUUUUCAGCCUUCGUCACUUUCGCUACUUUGCAUGCUCCAUUAGUACACGUAGCACCUUCUGGCUAAAUACGUACCGCUACGUCAAUGGCAAGAACUUCCCGGUAUCGCUAUGGUAAUUAUGAAGUAUAGGAUAUCGUCGUUUAAAAAAUGCAUUAGUAAGUUUUUGGUUUCAAAGCGCGCAUACGUAGUUGUAGAGUAGCUUAUUCACAAGUAACUAUAAGCUUUUAUGAAUAUUAGACAGCUGCAGGUCAAACUAAGCCACAUUCUUUAAAAAGUCACACAGUUCUUUGAAAGUUCAUCCAUGUCUUGUUAAUUUGUUAGUGCAGACGAUGGCUGAUGUUCCUGUAAGAAAAUAAACUAUAUGGUUUCGAUAUAUCUUACUGUAUUUCAAGGUGUUACUCGUCAAUCACUCUUCACAUUGGUUGGUGUUUUAGCUAUAUAGAUUCAUAGGUUAGUUAAAAUCAUCACCCUGUUAAUAUCCAGACAAGGAUUUCAAGGAACAAACUAUUCACAUCCUCUGACUAGCAGUUCCAAUCUGUCUAUGAAUAAGACCUUCAUUGGUUUCAGCGAAAUCAUGUUCACCAGACCCAUCAUAGUUAAAUAACAUCAGUACCGUGGAGAGUUUACUUCUACUGAUGUAGUUGGAUGUAGAUAAGCGUUGCAACGCAGUAGCUGCCCAAAGUUUUGUGCGUUAUGGUUACUUCACCAAGCAUUCAAAUGCUUUGACGAAGAUAUGUUUCGAAUUCUAUAUACCACCUACGUAAGACGACACUUAGAGUACUGUAUUCAAGUAGUUGGUUCAUGUCUUAUUAAGGAUAUUGGGCAUGUUCAGGGUGUGGGAAGUCAAUUAAUGAUUAUCUGUUAACCCCCUUACGAUGGGCACUUAAAAUGCCAAGCCUUUCUUCCUUAUCGUAUUGUAGGACGCGGGAUGACAUUAUUUUGCUAUUCUGUAACUUUGAUUACGAUUUGGGUGUUAAUAUCUCACCUUUUUACUCCCUCCAGCACUAAUAAUCUUCGAGACCAUAGUAAAAAAGUUCAAAAACCCCGAUCUGAUAAACUCAGAGUGGGGUUCAUUUUUUCCCAAAGAGUGGUGAAUGACCGGAAUGUUUUACCCAAACAAGUAUCAGCCCUAUCUGUGAACAUUUUCAAGGAGGAACUGGGCCUUCACGAGAAAAUCUGUAUGGAUUAACACAGGUCCACCGACCUACCAUUCUCAUUACUGAGGAAUGAAGAUAGAUGGACUCAGUUCAGUCCAAGCUAUCUGGCCUGAAAAAUCCUCAAUACAUCCCAGUACCAUUUGCCUCGUACUCAAAUAGAUUAACACAAUGCGUAAGAUCAGUCCACAAAGUUACUGACUGCUGAAUUCGGUUAGAUUUCGAACGAUAGUCGUAAACAAUGGUUAGAGUCUGUAGGUAGCAUUGUUCAGAAUCGAUCUCUGGCCCAGAUUCAUCCCCUUUGUAUCUUGAAAUAUUCCCAUACUUUUUAUUUCACGAGUUUAUUAUGUACUCAUUAUCUACACUCAGUAUUUUCUCCCAUCAAUACUGUUACUAUUACCACUACAUUGGCUCUGUGUUGAUAAUUUCACCCCUGUGCUGAUAUAGUUUGGCAAGUUGAACCAGUACGCAUGUUCCGGUUCUUACGUUGCUUAUGUCUGACCGAGGUGAUCUAAAUAGUUUCUCCCCAUCAUCACGAUAUUAGAAUAUCGCGAUGCAAUACUGAAGAAAUACUAUAGAGUUUAGAAAGUGUCUGAAUAUAUAAACAGAGCUCCAAGCGCGGAUUAAUGAUAUCAUGUGGUUUCGACAAUAAUAUUUCCCUAGGACAAACCCAUUUCCCCUCAAAAUAAACCGAAAUUCAACUACCUACUGAAACCACUACGGUUGCUACAGUUGGUUGGUUUAGCUAAAUACCUCCUUGUGAUAUGUCUUGAACCGUUUUCUAGAUUACUUCUUUAGCACAAAAUGACUGGUUCCUGCCAACUUGUAACAAAAAUAUCGGAUACCGAAUUAAAUACUUUUAAACAAAUUAAUAGUACCUAAUCCCUUUGUAGUGUUUUAUGUGGGUGGAUUUGUAAACUUCUUUACUAAACCUGUGGAUAAUUUGCUUCGAGGUUUCUAUGAUGCGUUUUUCCUAUGCAGACACCAACUAAUGAAAAACGACUACGAUAAUAAUCUGUCCUUAGCGACUGGAGGUUUCGAUCAUACUAUCCGAAUGUGGCAACCGAGCACUGGAAAAUAUAUCCAAGGUUUUCAGCACAAUGAAUCACAAGUCAGUUACUUAAAUGUAUUCGAAACCUAAAUCUCUAGGUAAACGCUCUUGAAUUUUCCCGCGACGGACAGUACCUAGCAGCUGGUGGUUAUGGUCGAGUUCGUAUCUAUGAUGUUCAGGGUCCUGCAACACCCUUCGUUAUGGUUUCAGAUUUCACAAAAAAUGUAAACACAGUUGGCUUUAAUGAUACAGGGAACUGGAUGUUUGCAGGAGCUGAAGAUCGUGUAGCAAAGAUUAUAGAUUGGCGAGCCGGUGGAAAUCUGUGGAUAACACGUAUUUACCAGGUAAUCAGGUUGGUGGUUAGGGACGUGAACAGUCGUUAUUCUGACUUUGAGAAGCAGACUUAACACUACAUUUAAAACAAAGCACUUUCCUAGUUCAAUGGUUAUCCUAUGGUUUUAUCCUCCUUUCGUGUCCGUGUUUAGUGUGAUUGUCUUCCAACUGUUGUUCAAUUUCACCUCUUAUAUUGUUGUUGAGUGUAACAACCUGGAUCGACUCAAUUUUGCGCAAGUUUCGACUUUGAGUUGUAUUGAUUUUUUCUUCGAGUAUUGAUUCAGUGGUUCAAAAAAUACUGGAUAGUAAUGGAAUACUAAAACUUUGAAGUGAUUAUUAUCAUUAAUCGCUUUAUGAUACUAACCUGUGAACGUGAAACUUGGCUAAACAAAUAGGCGUAAGUACAUACUAGUCUUCACAGAUUAAAAUUUUAUAAACAGGUUGACUCACAUUACUUUUAAUCUUUUCACUUUUGUUGUCCCAUAAUGCAUACUUAUUAACUUCAACUUAUAGCUUAGUAACUAAUUGAUUUAAUCCUUAUCCUGGUCUGUUGGUAUCUACUACUGAGGAGUUUUAGUAUGAAUGGAACAGCCAUUUCGUACUCUUUUCUCAAUGUUUCUGUUUCUUACAUAAGGUUGUAAUAAAAAAUAAAGAAUACACAAUUUAGAUAGACAAUCAGUGGUCUAUGAUUAAGUGCCACGGUUAUGAAGUUCAUAAGCCGUGGAUAGCUACAGAACACUUUUAGUUUAUUAUUAGAUAUUUGUAUACCUCUCCUAAUUCACCAUAGGGAUUAUCCAAAUAGUUUUUAUGUAGACGUGCAUCGGCCGUUUGUGUGAACUUGAUAAAUGUAAUUCCAUCCUCAGGUCUUACAAUAAUUUGACUUCAAAAUUGUUAUACUUAAAGUUGUUCAACCCUCACAUAUCGCUCUUUGUUUCUCAGUACUCUAAUAUUUGACGGACAAUUGUGAUUGUGUAACCUCAGAUAUUAUUACUAUCAGUAUUGCUUUAUUAGAUAGUGGGAGUAAUCUAAGUCAUGUUAGCAGUAUUCAAAACCAGAACAUCAUCUGUUCUUUUUUUUCUUACGUAGACGUCCUCGAGCAUUAAUACAAUGUUGCUUCAUCGCAAUCAACAUGAAAUUCUCAUCGGAACAAGUAAAGGAGAAGUUAUAGUUUGGGACCUUCGCAACAAUGCGGCUAAUUCUAUAUGCAUUGAUGGCCAAAUUGAACCCAUUCAUAGUUUAUCUAUUGACCAAGAAGUAACUUCAUUAGCUGCAGUUAACUCUGCUGGUCAACUUAUUGUUUGGUCUUUAACAGGUGAUUCUGCUUGGAAACCUAUCGAAAAACAUCGGCAGAAAGUACAUCCAACCUAUGUUCUGAAAGUGCAAUUUUCGCCAGAUAGUACAUUGAUAGCUACUGGGGGAGGUGAUGGGAAAUUUAAUCUUUUAAAGACUGCUGAUUUCAGUUUAGUUACAACGCGACAGGGUAGUCCAUCAGGUCAUCACUGGGUUUGGGAUUGCGCAUUUUCGGCAGACUCUCGCUUUUUGCUCACUGCGACUUCCGAUGGAGUUGCUCGCUUAUGGAAUUUGGAGACAGGUGAAGUACCCGUUGAAUACAAAGGACAUCAGAGAGCAAUCACUUGUAUGGCCUUCCGUGAUCAUUCUUUGAAGUCUAUGUAGUCUUUAACUCAAUGAAAACUAGAUGUACAGUAUGAAAACAAAUGAUUGAUCUUAUGGAUUUUUACUUUUUUUAAAGCUGUUAUAAACGUGAACUUCUGAGGUUUUUGUAAGUGUCAAUUUAUUUUCUUAGCAUGGUGCAGCAGAUGUUAAUGCUUGCAAAGUGCCGCUGUUUAUAAUACAUCAGAUUUCCAAAUUAGAGUACAACGUCGAAAAAUUCAAUUUAUGUGAAUUGAUAGAUGAAUGAACCUUUUAUGAUUUCAAACGAUCUAUACUUUUUACAGUAAUGUACUUACUCUAGUAAGAAUUAUAAAAUAAGGACCUUGUUGUGUGUAUCCGCAUUUUUCCACUUGUGUAAAAGUUAUUUAGACCCAUGAGUUGUAGUCAUUACGCUUUCCGAAGUUUGUUUGUCACGCAGGUUUCUGUAGUUGUUGUUUUAUAGUUCACAAAUAGAUUCGUUCUUGGGCCAAUAUGUUUCAUUGAAAUUAUGAACUGACCAAUGGUCUACAGUUUAAGCGUUUGCAUACGACACUGAAAGUUCUAGGACAAUUUCUGGUGUGAACACGAAACACUCGUGUUUUUUGACAAUAGGAAUUGAAGAUUACUUGGUUUCGGUCCGCGCAACCAUUGUAACCAGUGGUUGGAGACUCUGGUUGACACUGCUCAGAAUCGAUCACAAGGGCGUAGAUGCAUGCACUCUUUGUCUUCCCUUAAACCAUGUGAUUGAAAUUGCUUUACACCUUUUUUUCUAUGGACUAAUUCCUUCUUCCUGUAUUAUAUCCUUAUACGCGAUCUUUCUCUAAAUACAUUACUAUCAUUGAA